AUGUUUCACUCGCAGUUGAAACCUGAUAGUACGUUAACGUCGUCCUCUCGCUACUCUUCCGGUUCCCGACUUGGACGACCUCCUGUGACCUCAUCGCCGGCGACGACCAAGCUGGCGACUCCGGCGACGGCCGACGACGCGGUGUGCGACUGUCCGCUGCGUCGCCACAACGUGCGGGUGAUUGGGACGGGCAAAACGACGCUACUACUGUCGCACGGAUUCGGCAGCAACCAAAAGGUACCCCCUGCUUCCGCUUUCCCGCAUGCUUCCACUCAGCCAGACCCUUACCUUUACAACUACUUCCCUCGUACCCCUUACAAGCCGCCUCAAAACACCACAUUGGCGUCCCAUUUUCCGCGCACCACCCCGCGUAUCACCGCGCAGAUCUGGGACGGCGUGCUGUCGCACCUGGACCUGCGGCGCACGUUCCGUGUGGUGCUGUGGGACCUGAUGGGCGCCUUCAGCACGCCCUCCGCGUCGUACGACUUCCAGCGCUACGCAUCUCUCUGCUCGCACGCUGAUGACCUGCUCGACGUGCUCCACGCGCUGGGGGUGGCGGGGGGCCAGGCGGGGAAGGGUGAGGAGGCGGGGGGCCAGGCGGGGAAAGGCGAGGAGGCGGGGGGCCAGGCGGCGGGGGAGGCGGAGGGGGAGGCGGAGGGGGAAGCGGAGGGGGAGGCGGAGGGGAAGGCGGAGGGGAAGGCGGAUGGGAAGGCGAAGGUUAAGGCGGAUGGGAAGGCGGAGCGGGAAGCGGAGGGGGAAGCGGAGGGGGAAGCGGAGGGGGAAGUGGAGGGGAAGGCGGAGGGCGUGGUGUGUGUGGGGCACAGCGUGAGCGGCAUGGUGGCGCUGCUUGCAAGUCUCGAGCAGCCCAGCGCCUUCAAGCGCCUGCUGCUGCUUGGCGCCUCGCCUAGGUACCUCAACGAGCCGUCCAUGGGGUACGUGGGCGGGUUCGACCCGGCAGACCUGCAGCAGCUGUUUUUUUUUACACGACUCACUCAAAUGCCCAACUUCCUUUCCCUAUCUCCUCCUCCCCUUCUCCCCACCACCAGGUACCUGAACGAGCCGUCCACGGGGUACGUGGGAGGCUUCGACCCGGCAGACCUGGAGCAGCUGUUCCGGGCGGUGCGCGAGAACUACAUCGCGUGGGCGUCGGGGUUUGCACCGCUCAUGGUGGGGCGGGACAUCAGCAGCGCCGAGGUGCGCCAGCUCACUGAGAGCGUGCUGCUGGUGCGCCCUGACAUCGCCCUCAGCGCCCUCCGGACGACCUUCCAGUCGGAUUACCGACACGUGCUGGCACAGGUGGUUGAGACGUCUCAAGCUGGGUUGGGAGUGCUAUCCACAAAGAGUGAUGCUGCCGUGCCAAUGCAAGUGAGCGAGUACCUGAGGGAGGCGAUACCUGGGGCGUGCAUGGAGGUGCUACCCACACACGGCCACCUCCCCCACCUCACCCACCCUGCUGUUGUUGCUCGCGCCAUCCAACGCCAUGCUGCUGCCCACGACGCUCUGGACCACGCUACGGCUCGGGGAUAUGGAGGUGGGGCGCACAUGGCUGGCUUGGAUUUCCACCGAUUCGACCGUUUGAUCCCUCGCUGCUGCAUCCACCACAGAGGGAUUUCUGGAGCAUCCCACACAGACGCACAGAGGGAUUGCUUGCUGCAGAGGCAGCAGGGAGAGGCACAGGCAGAUGCAGCAAGCAGUGGCAGCAGGAAGAGACACAGGCAGAAGCAGCAGGAAGAGACACAGGCAGAAGCAGCAGGAAGAGACAGCAGGCAGAAGGAGCAGACAGCAUUAGUGGAUAGCACUGCAGUAACUAGCAACUGA